GGGCGGGCCCUUCGGUGGGCGGGCCCGGCCAGCGGCCCCCGGCCCUAGCCGUUGAGUUCCCCGACGGCCUCCGAGACCGAGACCGCGGAGUGACCGGAGCGAGGGCUGCGCAGUUGGUCCGGGGCGCGAACCGGCUACGCCACGCCGAAUUUGCUUGCAGCGCGGAGCAAAAAGCAGAGCCAGCAGUGCCUCUCUCCUGGACUUGCCUUCUGAGGAGCCACUCUGGAAAACACUGCACUGCCCAUCACGGGACAGGGAGCUCCAGGCCCAGCAGCAUGGGGGAGGCCUGCAUCAAAGUCACCAAGUAUUUCCUCUUCCUCUUCAACCUGCUCUUCUUCAUCCUGGGCGCCGUGAUCCUGGGCUUCGGGGUGUGGAUCCUGGCCGACCGCUCCAGCUUCAUCAACGUGCUGCAAACCUCCUACAGCUCCCUGCAGGUGGGCGCCUACGUCUUCAUCGCUGUGGGUGCGGUCACCAUGGUUAUGGGCUUCCUGGGCUGCAUCGGAGCCAUCAAGGAGGUCCGCUGCCUGCUGGGGCUGUACUUCGCCUUCCUCCUGCUCAUCCUCAUCGCCCAGGUGGUGGCCGGGACCCUCUUCUAUUUCAAUGUAGGCAAGCUGAAGGAGGAGAUGGGCACCGUGGUGUCGGAUGUCAUCCGGAACUACAACGCCAGCAGCAGGGACAGCCUGCAGGAGGCCUGGGACUACAUACAGGCGCAGGUGAGGUGCUGCGGCUGGGUCAGCUUCUCCAACUGGACAGACAACGCAGCGCUCAUGAAUCGCAGCGAGGUCACCUACCCCUGCUCCUGUGAGGUCAAGGGCGAUGGGGACACCAGCUUCUCCGAGAUAACGGGCUUCUGCAGCCCCCAGAAUGUCACCCAGGAUGGCAACGACCCCGAGAAGUGGCCGGUGUACAAGGAGGGCUGCAGGGAGAAGGUGCAGGCCUGGCUGCAGGAGAACCUGGGCGUCAUCCUGGGCGUGUGUGUGGGCGUCGCUGCCAUCGAGCUCCUGGGCAUGUUCCUGUCCCUCUGCCUGUGCUGGCACAUCCGCUCUGAAGACUACAGCAAGGUCCCCAAGUACUGAGGGGCCGCCGUCCCGCCUCCCUGCCCAUUUCCCACCCCCGGGGGCUCCCUGGCUCCCUCCUCCCACCCUUCCCGCAGCAGCGCUGGCCAGCCGUAAGUGGGGGCUUUCUGGUUCUGCACCCCCUCCCUGCCUUUCUGCCGCGGCCUUGAGCCCGGGGACCCCGCGGUCCCUCUGCUCACUCCCCAUGGGCCGGGACUCAGCGUUGUCCCGCUCGGGCGGCUGCACCCCCUGCCCGGAGGCCAAGAGCAGUGUGCAGGGCCCAGGCCACCAAACGGGGAGGGCGCUGGGGACGGAGCCGCCAGGACGGCGUGGUCAACUUUCUUCCCUGACGGUGACGACGACGCUCAAGUCUGGUUUCUCGCACUUUCACGGGAGCUGGCGGACUCCGCCCGGCUGGGCCACACCGAGGGAGGGUAGCCCUCGGGAGCCCCACGUGGGGACAGGGUCUGCCCUGCUCCGGCGGCAAGGUCUGGCCCUACCUCCCACGGGUCCGAGGAGAAGCUGGGCCGCCCUGCUCGGUCCCCGUCCCUGGUCCUCCAGGCAGCGGGCGGUGAGGCUGUGCCUCGGGGCCGUGGGCUCCGUGGGCUCUGUUCUGUACAACAAACUGCAGGCUGCGACACUGACUAUUAAAGUGGGUUUGUAACAACCUG